AUGGUCGCUGCUUCAUCCCUCACCGCCCUUCGUGCGAUGAGCGCUGCCCGUAGUGCCGGCCCCUCGACCAUCGCCGCCGCGUCGCGCUUCAUCAGCACCUCCUCGCCAGUAGCAGCCAAGAAGAAGACCAAGGCCAAGGUCCCGGUCAAGGUCCAGAACCCCGAUGCCCUCCCUGUCGACGAGGCUAUUCGCAUUCUGCGUGCUCUCGAGGUUGCCAACCCCGCCUCGGCAUUCUCUCUCGAGGUUCUGGCAACACCCAAGCCUGGAUCUUCGUUCCGUGGUCGCGUCUCUCUCCCCAUCGACCCCCGGAAAGAGGCCGACACAAUCGUCGUCUUCGUCGAACAAGACACUCCCGCUGCCAAGGCCGCCCUCGAGGCCGGUGCCCACUAUGCCGGCAACGAGGACCUGUACCCCAAGAUUCUCUCGGGUGAGAUCGUUCCGACCAAGUGUCUCGCAACCUCCGGCGUCCUUCCUUCAGUGACCAGGAACCUCGCUCGUUUCCUUGGACCCAAGGGUCUCAUGCCGGCCGCCAAGCGUGGCACCGUCGCCGACGGAGACGAGCUCGGCGAGCUUGUGCGCAACAUGGCCGGUACCGUCGAGUGGAAGACCGACAAGUGGGGCUACAUUAGGGCUCCUGUCGCAAGGAUGUCGUUCGGCGCACCUUCCAUUUCAGAGAACGUCCGGGCAUUCGUCGACUCCAUCAAGGAGGCGUCGUUCAACGCUACGAGCAUGGACUCGGCUCAUACCCGUGUCAGCCGGUCGGCGGGCAUUAUUCACGUUCGUCUGGAAACGACCCACGGUCCCAGCAUCGAGCUCAACGACGUUUUGUAGGAUGAGCCAGGAACCAUGGGUCACAGUAGCACAUCUCACUUCGCAUGCAUGAGUGGACGGAU